AUGGAGACAGAAUUAUGCGAACAUUGCAAAAAAGAAGUUCCUGUCGAAAAUUAUCUGAUGCAUUCGGCACACUGUAAAAGAAACAUUCAGUUAUGUCCUUUGUGCGGCCAAGCAAUAUCCCGUAAAGACGCGAAAGAACACUUGCAAGAAUACCACGAGAAAAUCGACUGUGUUCAAUGUGGACAGAAGACCACGAGAAUCGACGAGGAAAAUCAUCUGGCGAGCGAAUGUACCAAAACGAUGAUUCCAUGCCACUACUGCGAUAUUUUACUGCCAAGGGAGAAAAUGUCAGAGCAUCAAGAUUUCUGUGGAUCCAGGACGGAACUGUGUGAGAAAUGUAACCGGUAUGUCAUGAUGAGAGAUUUACAGAAACAUGAGACAUCUUGCCUUGAGUACACUGUUCUUCCUUGUGAAUUCUGCGGGGCGCUGAUCUCGUAUGAUCGUCUUGAUUCCCAUCAACUCCAGUGUAUGACUGAAAGUCAAACUUUGCGAGGUGAUAUACCUCUCCUUGUGGAGGGUGAAGAUGGUUCAUUUCGCGAGAUUGCAAUGGAGAAAGCGACGAGGUCAACGAGCAGCCAUGACAGAACCGGAAGCGGAAAUGACUCUGCCACUGGCUCCAACGAAGAAACCACUGAUAAAGAAGGCAAUUCAGACAACAGCAUUGUUGCUUUACCCUGUGAAAUCUGCGGAGAACUCUGUCCUUCUGAUCGGUUAAUGGAACAUCAAGAAGGAUGCGGACAAGAGAGUGAAGAUGAUGAAAACCAGGAAGAACCUAGGGAAUUGAACUUCCGGUUUGACAGUCAUCCAUACAGGGGAAUGGAGAACUAUUACGAUGGACUCUUUUCCGAAGGAAUACCUCGUGUCUUUGAAAGCCUUAUUCAGCAGAGAGUGUUAAGCGACCUCGGAGACGGAAUGUGGCCAUUCAACAUUAUGAGGAACUAAUGGUCUUGUUUGUCAACAAAUUAAAAAAUCUCAGGUGAGCGACAGCCGCCGCGGAGGAUCCCCCGGCCGGGAUCAGAUGGUCACACGAGGUGGUUCUUUUUCAAGAUGGUGGUCUAUGUUCUGACUCUGUGUAUUCCCUAAUUUGUAAUAACUGUUAGUUUCACAGGCUCUGCUGAGUCUCCUAUAUAUCAGUCUGAAACAUUAAAAUAGUCAGGAGUAUAGUAAUAGUAAAGUAUUUUGAACUCAUAGGUCAUAUGACGCAAAGCGUUUUUAAAUAAAAUCCAUGUAAAUGAUUUCAAUAAACACAUGAUCUUUUUUCACUGGCUGGUCUGAUUAAAAUGAAGACCAAUCAUUAAAGCUGUAAUAGCCACUUUCACAUUUCUCAUCGCACAUAUUUAAGCCCCCCCUCCCCCCACCCUCCGUCCAAAAAAAAACUGCAUCAUACUCCUUGUUUUCGUCUUCUCGAGUCAUCAUCAUUCAUGAUAAGCCAUGCGCCAUCAAAGCGAAAGCAUUAUUUGAGGUUUAAUCGGCGCUUGACAAUGCAGGUAAAACACCGUUUUUAGUUCACCCUUCAAGGACCGCUUUGGUCGUUUUCGUCCCAUGGAUCGAUGCACAUUUUCCUUCCUGGGCCCAUUUAGCUUUCGUUUCAAGCGUUUAACCCAGAGGGAGGGCAAACAUGGGAAGUUUUGUCAGAGGCUAGGUUUAGUGCAAAUUUAUUUUGUAAGAAAAAGCUCUUAUUAAAAAAAAAAUCAGCGUAAAAUAAUGCUAGUGUAUACGUUUCUUUGCGAAUUUACAACUCGGUAUGUGGGCUAUCUAUCAAAACAAAAAGAUAUCGACAAGCGACAUCGGUUUUUCUUAUCCUGAAAACAUUGGAUCAUGGUGCCUUAUAUAUUUCAAUUAACGCAUGUCUUAGUUUAUACUGUAUGCAUUUUCCAGGUUCAAUAUCAAUAUACAACACUAAUGAUAACUUCUUCCGGGAAGUGUUUCAUGGCAAGCCAAGUUCAAUCGUAACCAUCUAAGCAUGUCCCCUAAAACAGAAAUAUAUUAAGAAUUAAACUAUUUUCCUUGUCAAGAGGGCUUUACUUUAAAGGGCAGUGUUUUACAAAUAAAAGCAGACUAAGCUCAAUCGUGGGCAUCUAAACAUAACACCCAAAAUAUAAUGCAAAGAACGAAUUUCUUUUUGAAGAAAAUAGGUUGUGAAAUUCACGAUCGUCUACCGCUCAUGAUUCCUUACAUUUUGAGCCCUUCACGGCGCGUUUUAGUUUAUUAACUGCAAAAUUUUAUUGCUGGUAUUUUUGAAGCCUCAUUAGGAAAUUGUUCAUAAGUCCUGAUAGGCCUGUGUUAUUCAUCAGUUUUCGAGCUCUCCUCUUGAAUUUCUAUAACCGUGAGACAGUGACAGACAUGAUGUGGUUCGCGAGAGCCUGGACUCUGGCUCAAAAAGAAUCGACAAAUACAGUUGACUCCCGAUAACUCGAACCUUCAAGGGAAAUCGAAGAAAGUUCGAGAUAUCGGAAAUUCGAGUUAUCGGGAGCUGGAAGAAAAUAGCCGGAACUAAGGUAAAAAACAGUUUUUACUGUACGGUGAACAUUUUAAUCACAUUUUACUGAAGAAAUGUUAAGUGAAAAUUGAAAGAUGCUUUUAGAUUAUAUAUCAGAACGUAACGUAACAAAACAUAGCCAAAAUAGAGCACGCAUUCUACUGUUUUGAGAAGUAAAGCUGUUUCAUGUUAGAUUUCUGACAAACGGCAUCAGCCUCCACUAGUAAACUUUAUGUCUACAACACGUCACUAGUGGGACUUCAAAGCAAUGUUUCGGACGGAACACUAUUUUUUCCGACUUUUUAAGCGCUCAAAACAUGGUUCGAGUUAAUUAUUGGGGGUAAAAUUAUAUGGAAAUGAUCUGAGGGGAAACAAAAAUUACUUCGAGUUAGCGGAAGGGUAAAAUUACAGUGAAUGUAUGAAGGAAAUCCAGGGGAAAUCGAUUUUGGUUCGAGUUAGCGCGAGGUUCGAGUUAGUGAGGGUUCGAGUUAUCGGGAGUCAAUUGUUUCGCAGACUAGAGCUGUCGGCGUGGACGUUAAUUCUGACCCUGGAAACGAUCUUUACCACUUUGCUUGGCUCAAAAAAUAUUAUCAAAUUUUACGCACAGUUCCUGUUGUCUGGUUCCAAAAUACACCAUGUGUAAUAUUGCCACAACCAUCACAAUUUCAUUACGAUGUCUGCCCAAGAAAGUGACGAGGGCCAUUCUUCAAUAAAACUCAAUAAAAUAAAAAAGUUAUUUUACUUCUUACCCAACACAGUCGUUCAUCGUGUUGUUCUGGCUGACGGCGACAGGCGAACCCUCCUGGCCUGUGUGUUCCUACAUUUCGAUUCAUAAUCCUCCUAUCCCGAUUCGCUACUGGAUCUAUCGGUUCUGUCAGUUCUCUGUUCGCUGUCGGCUGUUCUUCCGUCGCUGCACCCUCCGAGGGGUCAUAGGCUCUUAGGCGACAGCAUACUGUCGGAGCGAGGUAGAUCUUGAUCACACAGUAUAGUAAAACGAGCAUCACGAUAAAUGAGGCAUCGCUAAACACCAGUUCGACCGUCAUCUUUAACUUGGCUGGCUGUAAUUUGUUCCGUGUUCAGUGAAGCAACAACGCGAUAUAAAAUUAUCUAAUGAGUGACUUACGAAAAACCAACGGAAAAAUCAUAGAUUUGAACUUGCGAUUUCUUUGCAGUACUUGUGUUAUCGACUCUAGCGUACAUGGACGAAAUCAAGCACACGUGCCAAAUACUCCUUUGAUAAGGGCCUGUUAAUAGUCAGGCGCGCCUUUCAGUGACCUCUAUUUCUGGUAAAGCUCCAUCGAACGCAGUUAUAUAUCCGAGCGGCGAAAUAAUUAUUAAGCCGUUGUUAGGGCAACACAAAAGAAGUGUGACUCCAGUCUUCAGAGGUCAAAUUCUCAUAGAAAAUAAUAAUAAAAACCACAGGAGUCUAUACACAGGAAUUUAAAGUACAGGAAACACGCCAGCUAUUCAGUGAAGCAACAACGUGAUGAUUUGCUGUAGCCUGAAAUUCAUCCGAUUGCUUCGAGUCGUUUUCUCCUGUCAACAACUGAGGGAGUAAUAACGACUCGAAGUAAUCGGAUGAAAUUCAGGCUAGAUGAUUUGGUGAUUUGUACAAGGAUCAAAAUGCACUGCACGAGAAACCAACGGAAGAAAACUCAUAGAACUGAACUUGCGAUUUCUUUGCAGCACUUUGUUAUGUUAUUGUACCCUGCGAGCAGAGGCUACAUUUCCGCUGUGUGAUUCGUCACGCGAUAAAACUGUCGUCAAAUGGCGCGAGUUUCGCGGGAAUAAAAACGGGUCAAGAACAGGAAAAAACCCGUUUUUUUACUUUGUUUCAGGCGGCAGAGGCUACUUUUCGCACGCCAGAUCACAUAGCGAAAUUGUAGCCUUUGCUCGCAGGGUAAUGUUAUUGAGGGCGCCCGGGGGGGACUCCGCAUAUCGAAGGGGCUGGGGAUGCUCGUCGGAAAUUUUGAAUUAAACCCCUAAAAAAAGACCAUGUUAAAACACAGUCAAUACACAUAUUUUUAUACUUUUUCACGUGCAACCCUAAACGAGACCUUCACGGCUAAAUAUGGUGGCGUUUUGCCCUUAUCGCGUACCCAGAUCUCACUCUGUUUUACUUGGCCGUGGGAGAUCUGGGUACAAGAUUAGUUUUGCCCACAACACCCUAAGUGAGACCAAAAUCCAAAAUUUACACCCCUAAGCGAGACGACGAGCAUCCCCAGCCCUUUCAUAUGCGGAGUCCCCCGCCCCCCGGGACAUGGGCGAAAUCAAGCACACGCGCCAAAUACUCCUUUGUUAGUAAUCAGGCGAGCCUUUCCGUGUUUGACCUUUGAGUGACCUCUAUUUCUGGGAAAGUCCAAUCGACAGCAGCUGUCAAUCAGAGCGGCGAAAUAAUUUGAAUACACAGCGAUUACUUAUUGUUCCUAGUUCUGGACAUUACAGCGAACUAAUUAUUUAGCCGUUGUUAGGCAUGAGGCAGCAUAAAAGGCGAAGCCUGAGUGACUCCAUCUUUCUGCUGCAGAGGUCAAAUUGUCAUAGAAAAUAAUAAUAAUAAUAACCACAGGAGCUAAUACGCAGGAAUUUUAAUACAGGAAACACGACGGCUUUAUGACCAAAAAUUCAAGUUAAACACCGUUAAGACACUGUACGACGGUAGUCCAGUGGACGUACAAUUCCGGGCUGUGAGCGAGCGAGAAGGUCUUAAGACACCCAGAUAAAAGAGAUGUAAGCCCCUUAUUAAACGCAUCGGCCAAAACACAGCUUGUUUAAAUUAAUUUAAAGGGGCUGUGUCACGGCAAUCCAGUUCAUUUUGUUUAAUUUUGCCAAUUUCUCGCCCUCAAUCACCAUGGAACUUAAAGUAAGCAAAGAAAUUACAUGUAAAUGACAAAAUCAGAGAUCCGAGACAAACAAAUAUGCCUCCUGAGCAUUAUUCUUGAAUUUGCAAGCAGCAGGGGUCGACUUUGAAAAACUGUUAGGCUCAACAGUUUCAAAAAUCCUAAUUUCAAUCCGUUUUAAUCUUCUUCUCGUUAUGUUAUUUUUAACCUUCCUUUAAAGUUUUAAGCGGUUAUUUUUAUGUUUCUCUUAAUUUUACGGGCAUUUUGGCUGAAUUUCGUGACACAGCUCCUUCGCAAACUACAGUAAGCCCCUUAAACCCUGUCUCAAAAGCACCGGUAUUACACAUUUACAAGUGUCAACAAAUACACGUUCCUUAAUGAACGAUAAAAUCGAUAAAUCGAUAAAUUCAAUACCUUUAAAAAACAGCAGCGAUGGUUGUGAGUAUCGAUUUCUAUCGAUUGAUCGAUAAAAUCGAUAACGUUUAAAUUUGAAUUAUCGAUAGUUAUCGAUUUAUCGAACGGUUUUCGGAUAUCGGUUUUUUAUUGAUUGAGCAAGUCACGUUCUUAUAAAGCCGAAUUCCUGUCGGAGAGCACUUUCCCCCGUUCCGAAGGGUAGCACAGGACGUGUUGAGAUCUUUUCCCUCAAAAAUGACUUUCGAGGAGUUCGUUUAUGAAACCGUAAAUCUUAUAGUUGGAUGACUUGACGCCUUUUAAUUUUAAAUUGGUGCUGAGAGGUUGCUGUAUUGGUAAAAAUUACGCCCACAAUACAGCAACCCCUUAAAAGAGAAUUAUCAAAAAACAACUAGUUAGUAGCUCAAUUCAGAAACAAUGGGCGUUUUCCAUUCAGUCAAAAAGUCCGGUUUGAAUUUUCGGUAACUUCCAGUGGUGAAUGGCACAGCAUUUUCCAAAAUUUUUAAAAAGAAGACAAUCUCCCGAGGUACCGUAAAAUUCCGAAAAUAAGCCCCUCCAUGUAUAAGCCCCUCCCCCUCCCCGUCCUUAUGUCAUUUAUGUGCCUGUGAAAUGUCCUCGGGGUGGGUGCAUUGGGGCAUUUGAACGGCAUUUUGGCUCGGGUAGGGGGGGAAUUUGAACAAUAAUUUUCUAACAAGUCAAAUGACCGGGAGGUUGCCCAGGGAGGAUGUUGAAGCUUCGAUUUGACCGAUACAUAACUACAGUGGAAUACCCAAGUUUCUCGAACCUCCAAAACGAAACGCAAAUUGGUUCGAGAAAUCGGGAGUUCGAGAAAUCGAAAGUGGCAUCAAAUUGCGCUUAAUUGGCCGCGUAUUGUGUGAUUAUGAGUAAGUGUUCAAAUUUUAAAAAAAAUACAUCCUUUUUAAUGUAGAUAUUGACUUUUAUUCACAAACAAAACGUACUGUACUUAAAAAGCAAAAACGGAACAUAACACAUGUCGUGUAUGGUCUGUAUAUAUCGCUCACUCAAUUUAGCUGAAAUAAUUUAUAAUAACUUGUUGCCACUUUGCAACCGAGAAAUUCUGGUCUAUGAUUUGAGAAAUGUUCCUGGUACUUUUUGCGCAGAUUAUCGAGGUGCGCAUCAUCAGCAAAAAAGCUGAAUAUGUUAAGCACGCCGACGGCAUGGCGAAAUUUUCGCAGGUUCGAGUUAUCGAGGGUCAAUUUGUCCCACCCGAGCCAACAUUUGUUUGAGUUAUCGGGAGUUUCGAGAAAUCGAGGGUUCGAGAAAUCGGGGGUGAAAUUAUAGAGGUUGAGUGAAGCAAAUCCAAGGGAAACAAGGUUUGGUUCGAGAUAUCGGGAGGUUCGGGCCUGACCGAGGGUUCGACAGAUCGGGAUUCCACUGAUUGUAACGGACUAAAAGCGACGAGCAGCCAUGACAGAGCCGGAAGCGGAAACGACUCUUCCACGCGCUCCAACGUGGAAACCAUUGCUAAAGAAGGUAAUUCAGAGAACACCAUUGUUGCUUUGCCCUGUGAAAUCUGCGGAGAACUCUGUCCUUCUGAUCGGUUAAUGGAACAUCAAGAAAGAAGCGGACAAGAGAGUGAUGAUGAUGAAAAACCAGGAAGAACCUAGGGAAUUGAACUUCCGGUUUGACAGUCAUCCAUACAGGGGAGUGGAGAACUAUUCCGAUGGACUCUUUUCCGAAGGAAUACCUCGUGUGUUUGAAAGCCUUACUCAGCAAAGAGUGUUAAGCGACCUCAGAGACAGAAUGUGGCCAUUCAACAUUAUGAGGAACUAA